GUGAAAUACAGAACAAGAACAGCCUUUUCAAAUCCAGUGUUCCACCUUGAACAUUAGCUUGUCAAAAGUAAAAUGGUUAACAUUGUCAAAUAUAGACGUAUUUGGCUUUGGAUUUUAUUUCAGUUGUGGGCUCCGUCUCGAUCAGUUUAUACCAGUUCACCUUCACCAACCGAAGACUGGAUUAGUACCAGCGUCCCUCUUUACUAUGUUAUAGCACUAGCGGUAUUGGUAGUUCUUGUACUAGUAAGUUGUGUCAUUUGCAUUAUAUGUACCAGACGAAGAGUAAACCAAGGUAAUGAGCUGGCCUUGAAUAACGGAGUCGAGCAAGGUUUGAAAGAAAAUUUGGAAGCAGAGUCUGGUAACGAGUCGAUUACACACCCGACCAUCCAUGAAGAAGUCCCGUUGUCAAUUUCGCAAACAGAUAGGAAAUCCAUUCCUAAAGAAAGCAAUGGGAAAUAUGAAGAUGGACAGGUCUGCAACAGCACAGAAGACUUUGAAAGUAAUGAAGCUAGCAAUAUUAUUAACAAAACAGUAAAUGAAACAAAAGAACCUCUGUAUGCCGAGGUCAAGAAAGACAACAAGGGCAAACAAAGCAAAUCAACCGCUGUGGUAUACGCUGAACUUGUUGUCAUGGAGAACAGCCAGGAUGCCAAAGGAACGCGGGAGACUACAAACUACGCUGAAAUAACAAGACUUGCUCAGUCACCAAGAGAUAUGGCACCUUUUGAAGACUAGAAGAUUGCACUGAGCUUAUUGAGCACUGCAAACAUCUUUACAUGAAUUCUAGAGUGUUUAGACAUGACUUGUACAUUAUAGCUUCAUAAUCGACACUUUCGUAGAUAUUGCACAAAACCACUCGACAAAGUAUAAUGCAAUUUUGGGGCAAUUUUAGGGGUGGAUCCAGAAGGUUUUUUUUGCCCACACUGUCUACUAGUGAAAUUUUCAUUUUGAAACAUUGGCUUAGUUAACCUGAAAUUUCAGAUAAAUAAUCUUUUGAUGACGACGUUUCGAUUAUGCAAUACUCAUUUCACGAACUGACUGAAUAAUUACGUAUAUACAGUAUAAUGUAAGUCCUUGAAUCUGGAUCUUCUGAGGAUGCUCCCCUAAAUCCGUGCUUUUGAGCAUCUUGAGUGACUUUUUGGCCCCGGAGAAUUUUUCGCAGUAAAGGCUUCGUGUCGACUUGAUACACUUUAGCAAUUCUACACAAAUGCCACUCACUUUGAGAGAUUUGGAGUUAUUUUGCGAGAUUUUGAACGAUUCUGGGUCCCACGGUAGGCCUUUGCUUUAAACAGUUUCAAAUUAAAGUUAGAUGUUCCCCCACCCCUCGUUGAUUAACUUGGACGUUGCCCCCCUUUUUUAAGUCAUAAGUUGAGACUAUCCCCCUUGGUACUCAAACUCCCUCCUGAUAAUUUGCACUUUCUUGAAUUAGGCAUUGUUGGAUUGUACAUAAUAACAAUAAUAUAAACACAUAAAAAAUAAUAUAUUAAAUAUUUAAAAAAAUAAAAAAAUAAUAUUAAAUAAAAUAAUAUUAAAUAAAUAUGAACACCCAAAAAUAUUGACCCUAUUAAGUUCGCGCUGAAGUGCAAUGCGGACAAUAGAGGACAAAGCCCCUUCAUGGGUUAUAAUAGAGAUCACGGGGAUUUAUUUUUAAAAAUGAAAAGAAAAUGUAGAAUUGUUUUAAGGAACAUGAGGGCUAACUUUACAAACUAAUCACUUGAAACGUGAAUGGUGAUCAGUACAAGACUCACUCUCGCAGAAAAAGUUAACCACGAGUCAGCUAUUUGUUCACACCAUAUACAGUGCACAGCUAUAUAUUUAUUUCGGAAAGCGUUGAGAACUGGAUACUGUGACGGGAUUGUUUCCCAAUAUCAAACGCCGCUAAAAGGGGAUCUUAACGGCUUCAGAGGGAUUAUUCCAGAUCCAUACAGCAAAGAAAUUCGAGAAAUAGUAAUUAAAUUUAAAAUCGUCAUUUUGUAACGCCAUUUUCGUGGAAUCCAAUAGCAACAAUGCAAUACAAUACGUAUUUGUCUUUAUAUUCGGUAUUCUUUAAAAUAAAAAAUAGCAGCUGCAGCGACGUAGAAACAAAGAACCACUUCGUGGAACAUACCGUGUCCAAGCUACGCCAGUAUUUACUUCAGUACCAGCGCCGCGAUCGAUUUGAUAGAUUUUGCGUAUGAUCUUUUGACAUCUUUUUUUUGAAUAUUUUUAGCAUUGCAGUGACAAUUUAGCAAUCAGAUUGCAUUCGCAGCUCAAAGAAUUUAUAAGAUGAAAGUUUGCUUUCCAUAAAAUGAUUUUAGAAAAAAAGAACGACUAUAUACUGCUCGAGUCGCGAGAAUCGAGUAUGAUCUUGCGUGUAAAAUAUGUAAAACAACUAUCUACAGGAAAAAUAAGAAUAAGUGUAUUUCAGUAAAAAAAGAAGGAAAGAAAAAAGAAUGGCUUAGAAGUGAUCGAUUUGAGAAUCUAACCCGCGAUCCUAAGUUCGACGCUAUUCGAGUAUCAUCUUGUUUCUAAAAUUUAACAAACGCGGCUCGAAAAUAUUGAUACAACAAAUUGCUACGAUACAAAUCUAAUAUGACUAGAACACUUAUAUUUCAGUUAAAAAAAAGAAAGAAAGAAAGAAAAAAAAGAAUUUUUCAGAAGUGCUCCAGUCGAGGUCCCUUGGGAUUGCUAAACUGCGACAUGGAAAUAAAGAAAUAAAUAAAAUUGCUGCAACUUUGCCGCAGGGCUUCGGCCUGGACACGGUAAUAAAGUUUGAAAAAUCGUAUUUCAUUAUUUCCAGCAUACAUUUAUUAAAUUUGUCAAAAUCUUUGGGGUGCCCCUUAUCCCUAUGAUAGUGAGCGGCGAUAUAUAUUGAGAUGAAUUACAGUUAUUUAAUACUAUAAAACGCAAUGUAUUGUAACAUUACCACCAAUAUAUAAUAAAAGUAGUAAUUAAUGACAUUAAAAACAUUUAACGUUCUGCUAGCUUCCUAUUCUCUUUGUACUUAGCGUACACUUCUAUUGUUUGUUGUCAAUUUGUCGUGCUUGUUUUCUUCUUCAAUGAACAUCUUUGUUUACAUUAUCGCGCUGAACCAUUUUAUUUAUUGUUUUGUUUUCUCACGUCGGAAGGUCUGUUUGAACUGGAUUGCUUCAACUCUUGGGCAACGCCUUAUACGUCGAGUUGCGGCCUUAACCCUGUGUGUGGUUUGGUUAUGAAUUAAAGAAUUAAAUUGUUGUCUACGGGACAGAAUUUCAGGCUUUAUAAUUGAAUCCCUUUAUUUCAAGAACUAAAUUCUAAAAUCAGGUGAAUUUGUGAGGUUUAGAUUGAAUAACGCUCAGUAUUAACAAACCUGCACGAAAAACGAAUAUUUCCAGUAAUUUAACUAAUCACUUCAGUUAUUACCUCACGUCAUUCAGUCUUUCUGAUCAGUUUUCUUUUUUUUUUCGGCCUGUUGUUUAAUAUUUGAUAACAUAAAUAUGGUAUUCCAACAUGACGUCAACGUACUAUAAUUGCACGUAGCAUCCAAAAAAUGUGAAUGAAGACUUUUGUUGCGCUUUCCAGUUGGGAUUAUUAUAUGAAAAUCUUUCCUCACGAUAAAGUACUUUUCAUUAUUUCAGCACAUAAUAAUGUGAAUGUGACAGUAAAGAUCUGCGCUAUGAUGAAAAAAUCCAUGGUUGACUUUUUGACUUUCAGUAUUAAUUGACAUUUUUUGCUAACCACAGCAACACAAACCGCCGUCAACUGUCAAAUGAUUUUUCCAAAGUUGUAAAAUUAGAGGCAAGUUUUAAAUAAAUCAAGGCGGAUUUCAGCCCUUUGAUUUAUAAACUGUACUAUAGUAUGUCUUACGUUAAAUACUUUAAUGUCCUUAAUGACUCUAAAGAAAACGCCAUUGUAAAACGUAUCUAAUUACCAUCUAAAGGUGCACACUACAUGUCAUUCAUUUCGCUUCUUACGCAAGUUGGUGUGAAAGAAAUCCCAAUUUCCGAGACUCAUUUUGAGAAGUACAUGAGAUGAUGAUAUCUAUUAAGUGAGGAAGGGUCCGGUUAAAUGCAAAUCAUCUUGAUAAACGCAUAGACAAAAGUCUGACGAAUCUAAUUGUUAUACAAGGCUUUUGCCAACAACUUUGGCUUUGGCAUCGGGUAGUGGCAACUGUUGUAAUACAUAUAACCUAACGAGCUUGUAUUCCUCAAGUGAUCUCUACGUCCAAUACCAUGCAGUGGAUAGCGCCGUACUUGCUCACCUUUACCCUUUCCUGGCUCGUUCAAGACACGCUGUCAUGUUCUUGCUACUCAUUUCACGUCGAUCUCAAACCAUGGAAAAAUAGCAGACAGCAAUGUCUUGACAACGGUGGGGACUUGGUAUCCAUGGAAACUGAAGAAGAGUGGUCAUACAUCAACGAUAGAAUCCAAAAGCGAACAGAYAUAAUCGAGUGGCACAUUGGAUUGACAAACCUGACAGGUAGYUGGAGGUGGAUUAACAACCGAUCUCUUACCAUCGAUAAAUGGCAGGAAGGAGAGCCCGAAAAGGUGACCUAUAAAAGAUACGUCACCAUGGCAAAGAAUUGGCCAAUAGGAUAUCAUGGUUUAUUUAAUAGUCUUAGAGGAGAUAUCAUGCGAGCCAGGAUCUGCGAGUAUAAUACAGGGUGCAAGCAUAGACAUUUGGAAUGUCAAGAAUUUAUGAAUACAUACCAGUCAACUAUUGCUGCACCAGCUACAACUUCUGCUUCCGAGGUAAAAGUGGUUCUAUCAACAACUKCACACCAAAACAAUAAUGUGGUAUUUUGGGAUAGUACAACUGCAGCACCAACGAAUCAGACUACAAGUUCCAGUAUUAAGAAGAGUAAGCCAUAUUAUGUAGUGGUUGUUGCAAUAGUUCUUGGUGCAAUCAUUUUAGGAGCUUGUUGUAUCRUUUGUAUAGCCUGCUCAUGGAAAAGAAAAAGAUCAGGUAAGAAAAUUAGAUGUCACGAGCUAACUCGACACAAAAUAUGA